AUGUAUUUACAAUAUGCUGCUCAAAAGGCCAAAUUUGGGGUGAAGCAUGAAUCACUGCUCACAUUUUACACACAUUCUUUUAGUGUAUUAAAUAUAUUGAUUUUUUCCACCUUUGGAAACACCAUGAUCAUAUACCUUGUUAGAACCGACCCCAAGCUCAACACUCCCAUGUAUUUUUUCCUUCAUAAUUUGUCCUUUUCUGAUAUUGUGUACACGUCAGUGACUAUUCCCAAAAUGCUGUCAGUGUUCCUGACUGAGGUCAAAACCAUUUCUAAGACAGGAUGCUUUUUACAGAUGUACUUUUUUCUCUCAACUGGAGUGACAGGGCGUGCUUUGUUGACUGUGAUGGCUUUUGACCGAUAUGUUGCAAUCUGUAACCCCCUGCGGUACAUGACUAUCAUGACCAAAAAGCUCUGUAUUGUGUUGAUAUUUGCUUCUUGGGGUUUUGGAGCCUAUAUAGUGAUGCCUGUAACUAUUUGGGCUACUCAGCUGCCUUAUUGUGGGCCUAAUAUUGUAAGGCACAUGUUCUGUGAUCACUCCUCUGUAGUGAGCCUUGCCUGUGUUGACACCACCAGGAAUGGCAUUUUUUCCCUAACAAACGCCCUCAUUGCAAUUCUCAGUACGUUCCUUCUCAUUUUAAUUUCAUAUGUCUGUAUUGGCAAAGCUAUGAGAAAAAUGAGCACGGCACAGCAACUCAAAGUUGCAGCCACUUGUGUGUCCCACCUGACAGUGGUGUGUAUCUCAUACAUUUCAGCCUCCUUUGUGUAUAUCUCAUAUCGUGUAGCUAGAUUUGACCCAGAUGUUCGUAUAGUCAUCGCUGUACUGUACUCUGUGCUGACACCUCUGCUAAAUCCCAUCAUUUACAGCUUGAGGAAUAAAGAACUACAAGAUGCAAUGAAGAGAGCAUUUUGUAGAUGCACUUUAGCCUCGAAAAACAACAGGAAAACAGUUCCUUCUGUUGCUUAG